AUGCCAAAACGUUGUGCUGUACAACUUAAAGAAGAGGGUAAUAGAUAUUUCAAAUCCCGGCAAUUUGCGCAGGCCGCAAAACUCUAUGAACAGGCUGAAGAAGUCGAACCUGGCGACCCAGUCUUUCCGUCAAACCUGAGUGCAGCCUUGUAUGAAACGGGAGAUUACGCUGGAUCCUACCAGGCAAUCUUACGAUCCGCCAAAUUACUCUCCGAAAGCCCAAACCCGCCAUUGGCCGCAAAGCUCUCCUCAAGGCUACCCAAGGCACUAACCUACGGCUUGCGGAACAGGACCGUCUCGCUGAAAGAUUGUCACAAUGACAAACAGUUCAUAGAACAGCUUAAGCUGCCUACUGGAAUAUCCGAUGAUGCUUGGCAGGAGUUGGAACGUGCUGUCGGUGAACACGAUACCCUCGUGCAGCAAGCUAGAACUGGGAGACUGAAUUUUGUUUCUCUAUCAAUGGCUCGGAAAGCGGCCCGCUCAGACCUGGAAUAUUUUACAAUUGGUCAUGACGAUGUUAUGUCAAUCAUUACCGAUUGGGGAUCAGAGAAUAAAGGCAAUCCAUUUGAUCUUCUCAAGGUCUCUGAGCAGCGCCUUUCGUGUCUGUCCUUCAUUUGGGGCGGAGGUGGCGAUGGUCGUCACGUCUACGGCUCUAUCAUAGGCCUCAGUCAGGCUUUUCUGGAAUUGACUCCGGAUCAACGCCAAACCUCUAGAGUGCAUUUUACCCUCCUCGAUAUACAUCCCACGACAAUUGCUCGGAACUUGUGUCUCUUUAUGAUGAUCGACGAGCUGAUAACGAUGCGGCUAUAUAAGCGCGACGACGGAGUCCAGGAAACAGAAAUCAAAGCAACCAUUUUCUACGUUUGGAUGGGGGUUGCUUUACCCUCCUAUUGUCAUGUCAGAUUUAUGAACACUGUAAAAUUCCUUCUGAGAGAAUUGCAGACUUCAUCUUGUCGGCUUCCUCGUUGGCUUCAUGUCACCAAAGAUUCGAUUCCAGGAAUCGUUGCCUCCCUGAGAUAUUGGGACACCCAGUUAUCCUUUCAGACAGUGCAGGAAAUGCUUCGUCGUCACCGACGAUUUGAGCGUAGGCCCGUCAAUCUCCCCAACUUACACUUGAAGGAUAUCAAAGCCGGAAUCGAUGAUAUGACUGACGAAGAAGUAUUCAAGUUUGGCCAGAUGCAAUUGCACAUGUCUCCUCCUUCCAAAAAAGAAGCUCGACAGGAAUGGUUGUCCGGGAUGCGCCUUAUGAUGUUCGAAAUAUUAGCUUCAGGGAAUGACGGUCGUCGUUCUGCCCAAUUCUCCGUAGAAGAGGCAUGGUAUGGUAUUACUCAGUGCUUCAUUCCACCCAAAGUUUUGAGGUACCGUCAUGAGGCAUUCGACGAACUCUGGGCUAGUGUAUUGCGAUCGCCUUCGCAGAAUUUGAAGAAGCAGGCAGUAGAACACAUUGAAGCGACUUGGAAACCGAACCCAUCACUUUUUGAUGGUGUCCAGGAAGUCAAGUUCGACUACCCAUCAGUCGAGUUCAAUGCAUUUGAGAUGGUCGAACGUAUCUCGCAAUUCAAUUCCCGUAUGGGAUUAUUCAAAAAAAGAAGAAUGGACGAAGAUUGUCCGGCCUAUUCGGUCUCUGAGAUCUUCUUUGAUGCUGUGGUCAAUGGCCUAUUGGCUCUCAAGGAUCAUAUUAAGAUAGAACUCCUUCAGGGUGACAUCUCCCAGGAGCUAAUGAAGAUGGCUCAUGGGAUUGAUGAUCGUCCGUCUGAUUUCCCGCGGAUGUUCACUCGAAUAUGGCUGAGCAACGUUCCUGAUUACACCCAUGGGCCUAUGAAUACGGCCACGUUUGUCAUGCCCAAUCUAGAACCGGAGCCUGAUGCUUCGGUUGCAUCCAAUUGCCUGCUAAACCCUAGUAUUUGGAAAGACAGCGGCGAUAAUUUAAUUUACAAUUACGCUUUGCUGAACGGAAACGACUUCGCACGCUUCUUUGGAUGUCACAUUGUGGCGAGUGGCCCUUGGGAUGCCAUUGAAUUUUCUGCCAAACCACUCCCUCGCCUCUUAUCCACACUUGCUACCCGUGAAGAGCUCAUUUUGUGGCUAACACGUGUAUUCAUCACCACCAUCCUCCCACCCGAACCUCCGAACCCUCGUGCCGAACUCUUGUGCCGAGUCCGAUAUCCAAACAACCUUGUAGCCUUCUUUGGACUUCUUAUGCGACUUCCCACAAUUGGAUACCCCCUGCAUUGGAUAUCUGAAUACCUUAACACUCUACUUUCUGACAAUCUCGUAACUGAUCUGGUUCCUUACCGAGGAAAAUUUCCCAUCCCUCCGGGUGAACCGGCACAACACGCUCCAAGUCGGAGAGUCAACUUGAAUCCCUGGCUUUCCGAGCUCGAGACAAUAACAGCAUUAAGCUAUGAAGCACUGCCAUUCCCAGUAUCUCUACGUCUACGCCGAGACGAUAUCAACACCUAUGAAGCACCUCUUUCUAUGAAAGACUUCGGUCCUUUGACCUUGAUGGAGAAAUUUGGAAACUACGACCCGGUAUUCAGUCUCGUAUUCUAUAAACGUGGUACACCGGUAGCAGGCAUGAUUCAGCGCAUGAACCGAGACACGAUAAUCAACGUUUUUGAAAAGGGACACGGUAAUGGUGAAGUUUUUGUGCUGUCGGUUCUGGAUCAAUUCGGUAUCACGAAGGAAAGAGUCAGGUGGAAGAUGGGAAAAGAAAGGGUGGCGAAGAUGCAAGAAGAGAAAUGGGCUUUCGUGGCGUAUCGGCUGGACUGCCAUGAGAUCAGUAAGUCAUUCCAAUUUUCCUCCUCUCUACUGGGAGCAUCUAAAUGCGGCUUUUCUAGGUUCUUCGAUUGUAGCGGACAGAUGGUCGGAAGUAGUACAAGUUCAGAUAGAACAGCUGAUAAAAGACCUACAAUUUAUACAAGCUGCACACCUUGA